GUUCUUGAUGCCAGGGAUCCACUGGGAACACGCAGUCCACAAUUGGAACAGCUGGUGCAGUCACGAGGCAAACGCCUUGUGCUGCUCCUCAACAAGAUCGAUUUGAUUCCGCGAGAGAACUUGACAAAGUGGCUGCGUUACCUGCGCCGAGAGCUGCCCACCAUUGCCUUCAAGGCGUCCACCCAGACUCAGAAGCAGCACUUGUCCCAGCAGAAGGCUGCCCCUGAUGUGGAGACACGGGCCUGUCUGGGUGCCCAGUUAUUGCUCAAGCUGCUGGGGAACUAUUGCCGCAACCAGGGGAUCCAGGGGUGCAUCACGGUCGGCGUUGUGGGCUAUCCAAAUGUGGGCAAGAGCAGCCUGGUCAACAGCCUGAAGAGGUCGCGGGCCUGCACUGUUGGAGCUGUGCCUGGUGUCACCAAAUACAUGCAGCGCGUCCAGUUGGACAGCCAUGUGUGGCUGCUGGACAGCCCCGGUGUAGUGCUGGCCUCGGGUGAUGCAACCGAGGCCACGGUGGCACUGCGCAAUGCCAAGAGCCCCCAGUCCCUGGAGGACCCCGUGGGACCUGCCUGCUCUAUCCUGCGACGGGCAUCGCGCGAGCAACUCAUGCUCCAGUACCGGCUACCCGAGUACGGAUCUCCCGAAGAGCUGCUGCUUAUGCUGGCAAAGCGGAUGGGGAGGCUUCGUAAGGGCGCCCUGCCCGAUGCAGCCGCAGCAGCCCGAAAGAUCCUCUCCGACUGGAACUGCGGCCGCAUCAAGUAUUGCACGGAGCCUCCCGAGGACAAGUCGAGUGUGGAAGGCAGCAGCAUCGUGUCGGCCAUGGCUGCUGAGUUUGACUUGGACGCAAUCGCCGAAGAGGAGGAGCGUGAGCUGAAGGGUCUUCCCGUAGUUCGGCCAAUGGACGUUGUUCCUUUGGAGUCCAUGGGAACGGCAGACAUGGCACCAGAGGAAGAAACCACCACCUCUAUGGACACAGGCCAGGAGGUUGGGCCACAGUGGACAACGGAGGCACCACGCAAGAAGGCAGCAAGCUCCAAGCUGGCUGCCAAGAGUGAAAGUGUGAUCGAAUCAGGGCUGCAGCAGAACAAGGCUCGGCGGAAAGAGUUCAAAAAGAUGCUCAAGAAGCGUAAGCGAUCUGACAAGGUUGCGUCUGCACUUUCGGACUCCUUAGAAUCUGCCCUUGCUGGCUUAGGUGGAAAUGAAUGAAGAUAUUAAAGUUAAUUUUGAAGGAAA